AUUCUCUUUCUUUUAUUCUUCUCUGUUCUGCCCCACUUUUAAGCUCUAUUGAUACCCAUCAAAGCACCGAAGAAGAAAAUGGCCAUAAUUGGAGUCUCAAUGUUAGGAUUUUUCAUCACUGUCCUCCUGAUGAGCCUUCAGGAAUCAUGGGCUAUCAAAGAGAAUCAUGUGAUCAUCCAGGCUGAGUUCUAUAUGACACCUGACCCAUCUGGCGAGUUUAUGUUUGACUUUGAUGGUGAUGAGAUUUUCCAUGUGGAUAUGGAAAAGAAGGAGACGGUCUGGCGGCUUGAAGAAUUUGGACGUUUUGCCAGCUUUGAGGCUCAGGGUGCAUUGGCCAACAUCGCUGUGGACAAAGCCAACCUGGACAUCAUGAUAAAGCGCUCCAACCACACCCCGAUCACGAACGUACCUCCAGAGGUGACUGUGCUUCCGAACAAACCUGUGGAACUGGGAGAGCCCAACAUCCUCAUCUGUUUCAUUGACAAGUUCUCGCCACCAGCGAUCAAUGUCACCUGGCUUCAGAAUGGAAAACCUGUCACCACAGGAGUGUCAGAGACAGUCUUCCUGCCCACGAAAGAACACCUUUUCCGCAAGUUCCACUAUCUCCCCUUCCUGCCCUCUACCGAGGACGUCUACGACUGCAAGGUGGAGCACUGGGGUUUGCAGGAGCCCCUUCUCAAGCACUGGGAGUUUGAAGCACAAACCCCCCUCCCAGAGACAACAGAGAACGUGGUGUGUGCCCUGGGCCUGGUCGUGGGCCUGGUCGGCAUCAUUGCUGGGACCAUCUUCAUCAUCAAGGGGGUGCGCAAAGGCGGUGCUGCUGAACGCCGAGGGCCGCUGUGAGCGACUUCAGGUAAUGGACUAUCUUAGAGAGAAGAUCAAUGAAGAGAUUUCUGCUUUAGCAUCUUUACACACUUGGCUCUCCUCCAAUUGUUCACUUCUGUGAAGACUACCACUCUCCAGCACUUUCCAGCCCUUCAGUCGCUCUGAGAGUGGUGCUGCAUCUCCGUCUCGCCAUACUCUAACAGCUAGUUGGGCUUCCCUGUUUGUUGUCCCUUCUUGUAUCUUUUCUCCCUCCAUUUCCCAUGAUCUUUUUACUUUCAGCCUGCAAUGCCUCUGGAAUAGGUCCUGUAAGAUCCUUUUUUUUUUGCUAUGGAAACUUUUGAACGUCCCAUGGGGGCGUCUCCUACAUACUUAUUGCUUGGGGUUUCUUUAAACUGUGAUUGUGAUUUUUCUGAAUACAAUAAACUAUUGGACCACUAUUAGGUGGA